AUGUCGCGGGGCAGUCGUGCAGGUAGUCGAGGUGGAGCUUCCUGUGGAUUACGGGCGGUUGCAAAUGCAUUGGGUAUUGCCCGACAUGAAAUGAGUACAUAUACAAAAGUGGUGUUGGAGUCACAACCUACUUAUCCGUCGGUUUCGCAGAUGGUUUUGCCACUCGAAAAAACAGAUGAACUACAAUACAUGGCUGAGCUGCGACAGGAAUUGCUUACUCGGUUUCACGAAUCAUCUUUUCAUUUCGAAGUAAAAAAGCGAAAUUCUGAAUUUAGACGAUAUACAGAUAAGUAUAGAGAAACUGAAAAGGAAGAACUACGACCAGAUUGGUCACGACUUCCGGAUGAAUUGUGCUGGAAAAAAAAAGUUAGCGAACCAACCAAAAAGAAACGAAGAGUAACUGAUAAAGGAGCGGAUGAAGUCGUUGAAAAACUAUCGAGACUUGAGGAGAGCGAGAAAUUAGAUAGUCCUGAAAUUGAAACCCAGGAAACUAUUGAUGAGAACGAUGAAGAAAGCGAAAAGGAGGAACAAAACAACGGAAAUGAAGAACAGGAAGCGUUAUCGGAUGAUGAUUAUCAAGAAGAAGAUAAUGAUUAUAUUCAUUCUUAUUUCGAUAAUGGUGAAAAUUAUGGUGACGUUGGCUCGGAUGAUAACUUAGACGAAGACAAUGCUUUUUAAUCAAUUCAUAUUGUUCAUAAACUUGUAUAAUUUGUUGUUAAUUAUUUAAAUGUCUUUACAAAUGAAGUUUUCCUGUCAUUUCUGGUAAUAGGUCUCUAAAUCUG